ACAGUGGGACAUUUGAGCGCCGGCAGCCAUAACAAAGAGGAGAAUGUGUGUGAGGUUCAGGGUCCGGUGGAGGAGCUAACACGGUAUCAGUGUUAGCCGGUAGCCUCUGUCUGUCAGCAUGGGGGACGUUAACGGGGACCUGAACGCCAACUCCCGGUACCGGAGCACCGGCGACCCGCAGGUGGACAAGGCGGUGCACCAGUGGUUGACCUGGGACAAGAACCAGCGGACCCGGGCUCAGCUGGAGUCUCUGGUUGCGGCGGGUCAUCUGGAUGAUCUGAGGAAGAGGCUCUGCAGCAGGAUGAGCUUCGGCACGGCGGGACUCAGAGCCGCCAUGGGAGCCGGAUUCAGCCGGAUCAACGACCUCACUGUUAUCCAGUCCACACAGGGUUUAUACUCGUACCUGUCCAGGUACUGUGCAGACUUCAGCAGGAGAGGAGUGGUUGUUGGUUUCGACACCAGAGGACAGGAGGAGAGUGGCUGCAGCAGUCAGCGUUUGGCGAACCUAACAGCUGCUGUGAUGCUCAGCAGAGACGUUCCUGUUCAUCUUUUCUCCACGUUCGUCCCGACGCCGUACGUGCCGUACGCCGUGAAGAAGCUCGGGGCAGCGGCCGGAGUGAUGAUCACCGCCUCACACAACCCCAAAGAAGACAACGGAUACAAGGUGUACUGGUGUAACGGCGCUCAGAUCUCCUCACCCCAUGACAAGGAGAUCCUGCGGAGUAUCGAGGAGCAGCUGGAGCCCUGGAGCUCCUCCUGCUGGGACGAGGAGCUGGUAGAGAGCUGCUCCCUGAGGACCGACCCCCUGACCCAGAUCAACAGCUGCUACAUGGACGAGCUCACCUCCCUCUGCUUCCACAGGGAUCUGAACAGAAGUUGUCCAUUAAAGUUUGUCCACUCGUCGUUCCACGGUGUCGGACACGUCUUCGUCCAGCAGGCCUUCCUCACCUUCGGCUUUGCUCCGCCGAUCCCCGUCCCCGAGCAGAAAGACCCCGACCCCAACUUCUCCUCCGUCAGCUGCCCCAACCCCGAGGAGGGAGCGUCGGUCCUGGAACUUUCACUUCUUCUGGCAGAGAAAGAAAACGCUCGGAUCGUUCUGGCGACGGAUCCUGACGCCGAUCGUUUGGCUGUAGCAGAGAACUCUGACAGGUGCGGUUGGAAGGUGUUCACAGGUAACGAGCUGGCGGCUCUGUUGGGUUGGUGGAUGUUCUUUAAUUGGAAGGAGGCUCAUCCAGAUCCUGCAGACUCUCAGAAGGUUUACAUGUUGGCCACCACAGUCUCCUCCAAGAUCCUGCAGGCCUUCGCUCGCAUCGAGGGGUUCCACUUCGAGGAAACUCUUCCUGGCUUUAAAUGGAUCGGGAACAGAAUACACGAACUCUCCAAAACAGGAAACACAGUCAUAUUCGCCUUCGAAGAGUCGAUUGGUUUCCUUUGCAGCAGUUUGGUCCCUGAGAAAGACGGCGUGAGUUCGGCAGCGGUCGUGGCUGAAAUGGCGGCUUACCUCCACAACAAGAACCUGAGUCUGAACCAACAACUGCACAACAUCUACCAGACGUAUGGUUAUCACAUGUCUAAAACCUCCUACGUGGUCUGUAACGACCCCCCCACCAUCCAGAAGAUCUUCAGCCGGAUCAGAAACUUCGACGGCGAAGGUUCGUACCCGAAGACGUGCGGCGGCGAGCAGAUUGUCCACGUCAGAGACGUAACCACGGGAUACGACAGCAGCCAGCCCGACCUCAGAUCUGUACUUCCUGUGACGAGGAGCAGUCACAUGAUCACCUUCACGCUACAGAACGGCGUCGUGGCCACGCUGAGAACCAGCGGCACCGAACCCAAAAUCAAAUUCUACACGGAGUACUGCGCUGCCCCAGGGAACAGCGAGGCGUCCCGUCUGGAGGAGGAGCUCAGGAAGAUCACAGACGCUCUGCUGGACGAGUUCCUGGAGCCCGAGAGGAACAACCUGAUUCGCCGCUGCGUCUAGAUCCGCCUCCCAGCCCCCCCCCACAGCUGCUUCCUGUUGCUGAUGUCACAUCCUGUCGUGUUCAUAGAAGAAUGGGAGCAGCCGCUGCUUCACCGCUGUGGUAUCAAUAAAGUUCAUGUUAGACACUAAAACUGAUCAAUAUUUAGUUUGGUAUUCUGUCCGUCAUUGAUCACCAUACAGCAGAGAGCAUCAUGGGUAAACGACCAAAGAGGGGUUCUUUCACUGUGAUUGGUUAUCAGCUGCAGGAUCAAUAAAGUAUUAGCAACAGAUAUAAACAACCAAAAACACCGUAAACUAGUUCAGUCCCUAUAUGGAAGUUCAUUCACGACUAAACAGAUUCACAUUAUUCAAUAAGUGAUUGUACGGAGGCCUUUUUCCUCUUAUUACAAACCAAAUGAUUCCGUUUGAAUAUCACUUUAUCUCGUUACGUUAAUGUUAUUGCAAUGAGAUAUUUGUUUCUUGCUUUAAUGAAAGAUUUUUAUUUUGUGUAAUGUUAUUAUUAAAGGCGUUUUCUAUAUUUUGAGUUUCAAAUCUAUGGAGCCCCUAAAGUCCCAUGAGGUGAUUUUAAUAUCUUGCUCUAGAGUUUAAACCUAUUCGAGUUGAAACUGUUAGUUGAUGAAUUCAUUAAUAGAUUCACUGAAAAUCGUUUCACAACAAUUUAACUUUUUGAGUUUGUGACCUCUGACCUUUGUUUUGUCCUGACUGAGCUUCCAUAUGUGGACUGAAAGCAGAAUGUCUCUGUAUCUUCUUUCUUUGUGUUUUUGAUGUUUCCCCUCACUCUCUAUGGAUGUUAUUUAUUUUUAUACUGGAGAUAAAAGAUAUUUAUGUGCCCAUCGGCGUUCAGACGACGAGACGCUGUUGAUGCUGAUUUAAGGAUCUCUUUUUGUUUUCGGUUUGGUGUUUUGGAAAGAGGACAGAGUGAGACCUCUGUGUGUGUGACUGCUGUUAUUGUAGUUCUGACAAUCCGCCAAUAAAAACUGUAAAAUGUG